AUGAACCCUUUAUGCGAAAUCAUUAAGCUUAGCAGUCUUCGCGAUGCUAUGGUUGAGGAGCUAACGAAAAUUAUUAAGGGUCCCAAGUCAACUGAAAGUGAUACGAAGGUGAUUUAUGCGUCUCCUAAUAUCCACUCAACAUUGGGGACUAUUUUUCCGACUGAAGAAACACUUCAUAGUGGCCUUGGGGUAUUGGGAAUAUUUCCGUUAGGUGUUGAAGCUGACAUCGUAGAGGCAGACCGGGGUGUCUUCUUGGUGAAUGCGGACAUCGAAUCACUUCGAAAGCUAGAGGGAACUUUGCUUAAAUUCGCAGAGACAAACCCAAACGCCCCGCUCCAUACCCUUUUUGUACCGAAAAAAACUGUUAUGAUUGAAGAAAUAAUGGAAAACAGUUUUCAGUCACUACUCUCUAACCCGAAGUUGCAAAUAGAAGAGUUUGAUUGGGACGCCUUCCCGCUAGAUGAUGACGUUGUGUCAUUGGAAUUGCCCCUUUCUUUUAGGCAGCUGGUGGGCGAUGGAGAUCCGACGGUUCUCUUCUUGUGUGCGAGAAUGGUACUAAAGCUCCAGACAUCGUUCUUUGGUUCAAUACCCAUAGUAAGAGGUCGGGGAGCACAUGCAGCAAAAGUGGUUCAUAUGCUUAAGAGGAUGCGCAGCGAAAUUGGCAGUGAUUCUUUCGUAGCUGUGGCACCCAAGAUCGAGUCUUUGCUUAUUCUUGAUAGGUCGGUGGAUUUGUUAACACCGUCGCUCACCCAAAUGACUUAUGAGGGUAUCAUAGACGAAUUUUUCUCCAUAAGCUCCGGGGGCGUCACUUUAUCGUUUGACGUUGGCGAAGGUUCAAACCUGUGCACAGGUCAACGCAUUCACUUGUCUAACGACGACAAAGUAUUCAAAGAGAUCCGUGACAAGAACUACACCCAUGUCGGGUCCGUUCUCCACAACAAGUCGGUUUGGAUAAAGCAAUGUUACGACAAGCGAAAGGAACUUCAGCAGCUCAAGGAACUCAAGGAUUUUAUGAAAGGGUUACCUGAAAUGCAGGAAAUGCAUCGUUUAAUUGGAGUCCACACAGCGAUAGCAACAGAGAUUGGAAAGAGGACGCAGACCAUUGACUUUAGGCGGCGAAUCGUCAUAGAGCAUUAUAUCUUACAGCAGACGAAUGAACGAGAAGUGUUUGAGUACAUUGAAGAGCUCGCCAACGACAGCGCGCCGAUGGAAGAUGUUCUCAGACUUCUUUCUUUGUAUUCAGUUAUAAAUGGAGGCUUGAAAGACAAAUUUUACGAUCAUUUUAAACGGGUUCUGUUACUUUCAUACGGUAUUCCUUUUGCUAUGGCCACGCUAAUGUGUCUUGAACGAUGUGGUUUGAUAACAAAAUACGAUACGAAGCAUUCAAAUUAUUCGUCACUACAGAAGCAAUUUAAAUUAUGGACAUCCGAAUUACAGAAUCAGCAGCAGAAUGACUUAGCACUUCCAUAUGGCGGGUACGUGCCUCUCUCCGUACGACUGCUUGAAAAGGUGAUAACUCAUCCCGAGUCGUGGAGCACACCUGGGAGUAUGGGAGAGUCCAGUCCUGAUGAAAAAGUUGAAAUUCGCUACAAUGAAGAGACACCUGAAGGCCCACCGGUAACGAUGUUUCUUCUUAUUGGAGGUAUCACACGCGCUGAGAUAAGCGCAAUAAGGCUCCUGCAGUCGAAGUUGGCCGAUGCCGGUAAUCCACGACGCAUUGUCGUUGCGACGACAAGUAUUGUGAAUGGGGCUACAGUUAUAACUUCAGCACUGCCCUAUCCUUUGGAAGAGUAG